AUGGAUCCUCUGUCUGCCCUGGGUGCUAUCAGUGGAGCGCUUCAAGUAGCUCAAAUCAUUGGCCAGACAAUCGCCGGUCUGUCGAGUCUUCGAGGGAAAUACCAGAAUGCGGACCUCACCAUUCGAUCCCUGAUAGGUGAAUUGACCACCAUCAAAUCCGCUAUUACCCAAUUACACGACUGGGCAAGAUAUAAUGCAGAAGUCAAUUCCAGCCACAGAGAGUAUGAAGAGUCUGUUGCUGUCGCAAUUGACGGUUGCAGUGCGAUUAUGGAAGUAUUAUCGGACAAAGUUGCUGAGCUGACAAUCAAUGUCAAUGGACAUGCUGAGUUGCCCGUCCUCGCCUUCAGGGCACGCAUUCAAGUACUCUGGAAUGAGGACUUGAUGAAUGGUUUACAAGAGCGACUGCAUAGCCAAGUUCGUGCUUUGAAUCUGCUGCUACAGGCCUGCCAAUGUCGAUCCUCCACCGAACAACUUGAGCUUCUCCGGAGAGUGGAAAGCCGGCACAUAAUUAAGAAGGUAGCCGACGAUACUGUAACUCUUCGGAGCACAGUUGGCAGUGCUGCAGGCUCCCAGAUUGAUACUCAUUCUAUUAACGGCCGACAACUGUUGUCUGUUGGCGAAACGGAAUUUGAAUUUGAUAGUGCAUUAAUGGCUACUUCAGCAUAUCAACGGCAACAGACACAAUACCGGAGGCCUCGAAUUGAACCAGUUCUAUCCCAAAUUCGUUUAGAAGAAGAUGUCGGGUUGCGUCGAGGCAUGUCUAUGGCAACAUCCAAUUCGGCGAGUGACGAAGGAUAUGUCAGUCGCAAUCCCACACCCACCAAUUCACUGUCACCAAACACGCCUCUACGUAGAGGUCCUUCCUUGGGCCCAAAUUAUUCGAUCAUUCCAGAUCACAGACGCAGUAAUAGUGUUUCUCUUGGCAUACAACGGAUUCGGCAGCAAAAUCCUGGAGUCCGUCGCUGGGUGUCUACCAAUGACGCCGCUGCGUUACCGUCAAGCACAGGUUCGAAACGGGAGAAAUUCCUUUCCAAGUUGAGCCUGAAACGGCUGAACACAUCUAGUCGAGCGAACCUGGUACCCUCUCAAUCGCGAAAUCCAACUAUCAGCCCCAUUGUGGGAUCGACAAGAGGCCGGCGAGGCCGCGAAAGUGAAUUCACUACAAGCAUUGAUCCGAAUACACAAGCCGGUCGCAAUGCUCCAGAUAUAGUCAAAGCAGCCCAGUUCGGUGCACGUUACGAUGUUGAAAGACUGAUUGGGAGUGGUCAUGACAUUGAAGAAUUGCAUUUCCAUACUCGGCGAAACGCUCUCAUGGUGGCAGCUCAUUGCGGAAAGGACGAUAUCGCUGAUUUAUUGAUCCAGAACAAUGCGCAACUGAACCGCACCGAUGCAUCAGGCUCGACGGCACUUCAUCUCGCAGCAUCUCGUGGUCACGUCAGUGUUGUGGAGCUGCUUGUCAUGGAAGCAAUAGAUAUCGAGGCCGAAACCCGACUUCGGAGAACAGCCCUUUGGGUCUCAGCUAAUAACGGACAUUUGCAGACAACGCAGAUGCUUCUCGAAAACGGUGCAAAGGUUAAUGCUCGAGCAGACAACCAAAUGACCGCUCUGCAUGUUGCGGCUCGACAGGGAGAUGUUGAAAUUGCCGGGUUGCUCGUAAGCUACGGCGCAGACAUUGAUGCGCGAGAUGCAUCGAUGAUGACGGCUCUACAUUACGCGUGCGAAGGAGGCUUUGUGAACGUCGUGGAUCUUCUAUUGAGAAAUAAAGCGAAUAUUGAUGUCGCGGGCAGUGAGCGAAGAACGCCACUCAUAUGUGCAGCAGCGACCGGCCAGUUGUUAGCUGUCCAACUGCUUAUGAACCGCAAAUCAAAAUUCAAAACCGUCGAUGAAGGUGGAAUGACCGCUCUUCACUGGGCUGCUUAUAAUGGACAUGUUGAGAUUGUUGACUAUCUUACCAGUCACUCACGCGGCUUGCUGGCAUCAACAAACGUACAAGGGAGGACUCCCCUACAUCUUGCGGCUAUGAACUCCCAGUUUGCUGUUGUCGAGUUUCUGAUCCGAAAAAGCUGUCCGUUAGAGGCCCGAUGUGCGGCUGGUCUCAAUGCAUUGCAUUAUGCUUGUAAGGCUGACAAUACCGAAAUUGUACGACUGCUCUUAACAUCCGGAGCGAACAUUGAGGGCGAGACUGGCUUUAGACAGCAGAGGCCGAUUCACAUGUCAGCAGCAGAAGGAUCGGUAGGGUUAGUCAGACUGCUCUGCGAGAAAGGGGCAUCUCUAGAAGUCCGAGAUGCAGAAGGAGAUCGAGCAUUAUGCGUCGCUGCCAGAAACGGCCAUGUAGCGGCUGUACAGACUCUGUUAGAUUUCGGCUCUCCAUUACACUUACGCUUCGGUGUUCGAUCUCACGAAGACUCGCCUUUGUGUCUGGCAGCUAAAGGUGGUUAUUUCCCAGUCGUGUCACUUCUUAUAAAACAUGGAGCAUCAGUCUUGAGUAAAGAUGAAAUGGGAUGGACCCCAGCUCGCUAUGCGGCAUACUAUGGACACCCAGAUGUAUUGGAGUUGAUAGUAGCAGCCGAGCCUUCAGCAGUCUCUUUCUUGGAUUUUGCUAAUUUCUCACCGGAUACGAUGGGCAUGGCUUCUGGGCAACUAGGGUUCGCUUUGGACGCGAAUGUUUCCCCAGAUCAGAAGAGGCAAGUAGUUGAGAUACUCAACGAAUCUCGUCAGCAACAACCAGUGCCAUCAAUGGAUGAGAUAUCGGUACCUUCAACUCGCAAUGCCUUCACUUCUGUCCCUCGUGCGGACGUCAGUCAUUAUGCUGCUCAAACGCCAUCUCACUACUCAAACGUGACUAUGACAGCGGCACCAGGACCCCUUAGAUUCCCAACAGCAACAUAUAACCAGCUGCCAAACGAACUCCCCGGGACUUUAGAGCAAGGUCUGCCGAGUAGCAGAUCUGCAACACCUCCUCACAUGCACCGAGGCGAACGAGGGGAGGAAGGAAUUGUAUUAGCAACAAUCUCUGAACCAAUGGCUACCUUUCCAUCUCACUACGAUCAGCUCCGGGGUUAUAAUGACAGUACCAUAGCGCCUACAAUCCGAGAGCCUCAUCAAAUCCACGUCUUUGAUCCGUCCACAUCCGUCCCAGCCGACAAAUUAGCAGAAUCAUUAGCUCAGCUCAAUUUUCAGCUUGAUGAAGCUGAAAAUGAUACCUCCCGAGAAGGCAAAACCGAUGUUGAAGAGAAGGAAGAGCAUGAAGAAGAAGAAAAUUCCGAAGUAGUCGAAUUGGAAGGAGAUCUCCCUCCUCCUUAUCACGCCUAUUCAUCGCUUGUCCUUGAAAAGCAGGGGCAGCACUCACCUCGCUAUGGGACAUCGCAAUCAUCAGUGUCGACAUAUACAUAUCCCUUUUCUUCUGAUACGCCAUCAGGACCAGGUAUUAAUAAUCCUUGGGUCAUACACGACCAACAAACCGACACGCAGCAUAUACACAAUACUUGGACAUUUACAUAA